CUUUACAACAUUAGUGUGGUGGGGGGAGGCAGCUCAGAGGCGCACCACUUCACUGACAGAUGGUACAGGCAUUGUCACCAUCUAGUAAAUAGGAGCCGAGUGUGAGCUCAGUCCUCACCCAGUAUCUACAACUCUACCAAAGCUGGACCUCGCAUCAAAGGCAGGAGCGAUCAGCCCGUCAUCCCUGGAUGUAUCUACUCAUCUCUUCAUCAGACUGUGAAAGUUGAGUCAGUGGCAAAGGGACGAACCACAAUGAUUCCACCAGGAGAAUGUAUGUACGCAGGAAGGAAAAGAAGAAAACCUAUACAGAAACAAAGGCCAUCAUCUGGGUCAGAAAAGUCAAACCCUUCAAAAAGACAUAGAGACCGUCUUAAUGCUGAGCUUGAUCGACUGGCUAGCCUCCUCCCAUUUCCUCCUGAAAUUAUCACAAAACUGGAUAAACUUUCCAUUCUGAGACUUAGUGUGAGUUAUCUACGGGUAAAGAACUUCUUCCAAGCAAUUGAGGAACAGCACUCCAAGAAGCAGCCGUGCCAGCCGGUCGGUCACGCAAUAAAAGAAGACAACCGCUCCAGUGGGACUGCCAUGCCAGAAGGAGAGCUCCUACUAGAAUCCCUAAAUGGAUUCGCUCUGGUUGUGAGUACAGAAGGCAUGAUAUUCUAUGCUUCAUCUACAAUAUUAGACUAUUUGGGCUUUCAUCAGACUGAUGUUAUGCAUCAAAAUGUAUAUGAUUAUAUCCACGUGGAUGAUCGUCAGGAAUUCUGCAGGCAGCUUCACUGGGCUAUGAAUCCCCAACAGAUGGUGCCUUCACAGGAAUCACAGACAGAAACAGGUGAAGACUUUUUCCUCAACAAGCUAUUCAAGGCGCAAGAAUCAAACACCGGCCCUUCAGAAUAUUCGUCGUUCUUAAACCGGUACUUCAUCUGCCGAGUCCGCUGCCUCUUGGACAGCACCUCUGGAUUUCUGACUAUGCAGUUUGAGGGCAAGCUGAAGUUCCUCUUUGGGCAGAAGAAGAAGGCAUCAUCUGGAACAGUUCACCCACCACAGAUGGCCUUGUUCUGCAUAGCUGUGCCACUUCUGCUUCCUUCUGUCACCGACUUAAAAAUGAAGAGCGUGCUUGUGAGGACACAGAAAAAACCUGGUGCGACUUCCAACACAGAUAACACAGCAAAACCUUUACCUGUUAUCUGUGAAGGAGAACACAUUGGAAGGAAUGGCCAUCAAGGGGCAUGCUUCCCUAAUAUGUUGCACAAUGCGGAAAACCAGAUUAAAUUAAUGAAUGCAGGUGACAACGGGAUGUCCUUGGUGAAAGUCAGAGCAAAUGAAGAUCAGUGGCUAUGGGUUGAAGCAAAUGCUCCUCUGUUAUACAGAAACAGAUCCUCGGAUUAUUUAGUGGUCACACCACAAUCCCAGAGGGAAGAAGAGCAGCUGAUGAAGAAGCAUACAAACAUGACUGCAAUGAAGAACAGCAGAGAUACUGUUCAGGAUCACGGUGUUAAUGAAGCUGUUGCACAUCUGAAGCACCAUCUUGCUUGGGGAAAACAAGAAAAGGAAGAUAUUAAAGUCAAGUUUCAGCCUGCUAAGAGUGAACCUUAUUUAGCAGACGAAACCAACAUUUUCUCUAAGCAUUUUUCCAAUGUACAAAAUCACUGUAAUAUAAAUAAUGGAUGGGCUGUGAAAAACCCUGCCAAUUUUAGAUCAAGUCAUCAACUUAUUGGCUCAUCCUCAAAUAGGACAAACAGGUCAUUUUACAGCACAGACCAAAGCCAUUCUGGAACGCAUGUGGUUGGGCGGCCAGCCCGCACCAACUCAGAACACUUCCAGUCAUAUGGUCUGCAGCAACAUCCUAUAGACUCGUAUCUUGCAGAUAAUAUCAAGCUGGAAAGUUCGUAUGUGUCUCCAGAGAUUAUGUACGAUUCAGGGAUCCCUUUGAAUGUCCCCAUCAAAAUUGAAAAUGACUCAGAUUCUGAAGGCAGGCCGGAUUUUUACUCAGAGCCUUAUGCUCAUUGCUGGCUUGGAGAGGGGAACACACUGAAAAAAACAAUGUUAGACUUUCCUGAAGGGCUACAUCUUAAGACCGAAACAGACAUUAGUGAACAAAUGUCCUGUUUGAAACCAAAGCACCACAUCCUUUCCCCUCACAGAGGACAUUGCUUUAUGCCAGCAAAUCACAUCAACCAUAUCAAUGUAAACAGACCUUUGAAAGGGGUUUAUAACAAAGAGGCAGCCCAGUUCUGCCCUCAAAAGUGUGCCUACCUAGAAAGUAUGCUGAGCCUCCAAGGAGCCGAUUGUUUCAACAGCCCAUUCUAUGGAGCUGCGUCCGUGGACGACAAAAUUCAGGGUGACGGCUCAUAUAAGCUACAGUGUGAGUUCAAAGCUCACAGCCUUGUUCAGAACAUCAAGCGUGAGCCUCUUGAUUCACCCCCGUGGCCUGACAGCGAGCAGCAAGCGGUGCCAGCAAUAUACCAAAAAAAUACACUGAUGGGUUUCUUGCCCAGCCAAAUGCAGCGCAAUGCGGCUGAGUUUGCUUAUAUUCAAUAAGUUUUGCAUUUGUAGCCUCGAAAAUGAAGAUUAUAUUGCACUAUUUCAAUAAGAUUCUUUUAUAUGUAUAGCUUACACUGUGGUAAAAGUGUGAAAAGCGCUUGAAAAGCCUUCAGGUAAUAGGCAGAAUUUUUGGAGCUGCCUUUUUUUGACAGAUGCAAUUAUUUUAUCUUCCAGGUUGUACCAAUAAUAAAAAUAUGCUUUUGCUUGAACAGAAAUGAAUUUAUUUUGGAAGAUGUGCUUACAUUUCCAUUUUGUAUGCCUUUGUUUCCAUAGCAAGUAGCAUUUCUGUAAAGG